UUGUGGAUUUCAGAUUUCUAGAACAUUCCACAGCAUUCUCAAACAAUCGAACCAUACUUCGAACACCUCCCUGAAAUGCCACCAUACCCAUAAACCCACGCGGAAACCAAGUGCUCUGAAUCCCCCUACCGCAGGAAAAACAGAGGAAGAAGAAAGAAAGAAAGAAAGAAAGAGGAAGACAAAUCGAAGAGGAGAAAGAGAGAAGAACAUCAACCGCCACCGAACAUGGGCGUGGACUAUUACAAGGUCUUGCAGGUUGAUAGAAAUGCCACCGAAGAUGACCUCAAGAAAGCUUACAGAAAGCUCGCCAUGAAAUGGCACCCCGACAAGAACCCCAACAACAAAAAAGAAGCUGAAGCCAAGUUCAAGCAAAUCUCCGAAGCAUAUGAUGUGCUGAGUGAUCCUCAGAAGAGAGCAAUCUAUGACCAAUAUGGGGAAGAAGGUUUGAAGGGUCAGGUUCCACCACCUGAUGCUGGUUCUGGUGGCGGUGGAUCCACCUUCUUUUCCACCGGUGACAUGCCGGGGUCGUUUCGGUUCAAUCCUCGAAACGCCGAUGACAUUUUUGCUGAGUUUUUUGGGUUUUCAAGCCCCUUUGGUGGCAUGGGAAGGAGCAGUGGCGGUGGCAUGAGAUCAAGGUUCCCUAAUGGGAUGUUUGGUGAUGACAUGUUUGCAUCUUUUGGUGAAGGAGGUGGUGGAGCAGGGGUGCACAUGAGUCAAGGUGGUCCACGCAAGGCUCCCCCUAUUGAGAACAGGCUUCCCUGCACCCUUGAGGACAUAUAUAAAGGCACCACUAAGAAGAUGAAGAUCUCCAGGGAAAUUAUUGAUGCUAGUGGGCUUUUCAAAAGGCUCGUGGGCUUGUUGGGCUUUAAACAGGCUGGGCUCGAGCUUGAAAUAAAGCCUAUGAGAGGUAAUAGGCCUAGGCUUGAGCCAUCUAUUUACAUGGACCAGGCUUGUCAAAGUUAAAGCUCGGCUUGGCUCGGUCCAUUUCCACCCCUACCAAGGUGUCAGAGAUCUCCACUAUAUCAUCAAGUUUCUAGGAUGCUAGAGAUUUCCACUAUAUCAUCAAGUUUCUAGGAUGCUUGAUAAACGAGCACUUGAUGUAAAGUGCUUUUCUAAAUGGUUUUAUUCAAGAGGUUUAUGUUGAGCAACCACCGGUGUUGAAGACUUCAAGAAACUGGAUCAUAUUUUUAAUCGGAAAAAAAAAAUAUAGAGAAGAAAAGAUAAUGAAGGUUCUAGUAAUUAUUUAAAUGUGCCACAAUAACAGUACAUUAUUCCCUGUUAAGCUGUGGAAUAAGCAACUGCUGCAUUUAUUAGGUUAGGGCUUUAGGCAGCCUACAUUACACCCUUCUUCUGCAGCUCUUUCCCAGAUCCUGUGUAGUGCAGGAUGCAUGUGCGUGUGCACCAGGCUGCCCCUUUUUUAACUUUGAACAUUUGACUUGGAGCUAAGUUGGUGGUUUCUGCAUAUAGUAUUUGUAUUGUUUUCUGGGUUGCAGUAGCUAUCAUACUAGGACUAUUGAAGUCUUCUUGGCGUUAUAGAUUUUCUACAUUGGUUUGUAUAAUUGCAUGUAGUUUAACCGUCGUAUGGUAAAUUUAGAUAGCUUACCUGGUUGUGAAAAUAUGAUCUCUUCUUGUGGAAAUGCAUGAGCUCUAGUUAUUAGUAGUUUAUAAUCUAGAACUUGCAAGAUGUGCUGGAGUUCAAUUCCGAUUGAAUAUGACAUAAUUACAUAUAUAGUUUUUGUUGGAAUUGAAACUACCAAACAUGCUAUCAUCUAAUGUUAUACUUGUUUAAAGCUUUAUUAAGUUCAUGGUGCAUUACAAUUUCUAUAUUCAUUACCUAUACUCUUAAGAACCAGAUUUUGUGGGAUAUAUUUUUAAACCAUGUAGCACAAACACUUCCUUGAGUUGCUGUGUCUAUGUGUUCGACAUAUUUUGGACAGGGCACUCCAUUGACACUCGUAUGUGUGUGUUCCCCGUGUUGUGUCUAUAUCAUUGUUUGUUUUAGUAUCCAUGCUUCAUAGUUUUCGAGGCACUAUCUGUUGUAACAAUGUUUUUCAUUUGACUUGAUCUUGUAUAUUGCACAUAUGAUCUUCCAAAUCUCCUCCCAAUCUAACUGGUAUGGCAUAUUGCUUUGAUGGAUAUGUGACUGUGAUGUUUAGUUAUUAUUUUACCUACUGAAAAUAUUGGAGCA